AUGGAAUAUAAUCGUGAACCAUGUCCUUGGAGGAUCAUGGAUGACUGUGGAGGUGCUUUCACCAUGGGUACCAUUUGUGGAACACUUUUUCAAAGUGUCAUCGGCUUCCGGAAUGCCCCGUCUGGAAUCCAAAGGAGGUUGUUCGGUGGAUUAACAGCAGUAAAAAAUCGAGUCCCUCUGUUGGCCGGAAAUUUCGCUGUUUGGGGUGGUUUGUUUUCCGCGAUCGAGUGCAGUUUGAUACGUUAUCGGUCCAAAGAAGACCCGUGGAACUCGAUAUUAAGCGGCGCUCUAACGGGAGGAGUUCUGGCCGCUAGAACGGGGAUCCCCUCGAUGAUAGGAAGUGCCACUGUCGGUGGAGUGUUUUUAGCUCUGAUCGAAGGAUUCGGGAUAAUGACCACUCGACUUCACGCAGAUUCCUUUGCCCAACACAAUCAAAUGUACGAAAUGGAGAAUCUACCAGAAUUCCAUGGACUUCCGCCUAAAGCCAGAAUUGGCUUCAGCGGUGCACCUAUAAACACGGAAGUGCCCACACAAAUGAACGGAAAUGGUAUGGAGGUUGAUAGAAUUAGCAAAGGUAGAUGA